AUGGCUGCUGUAUCUGGUGUUUUCUCUGACCUCUUUUCCUUCUACGCAUCUGCCGGGAAAUUCAAAACGGCCUUUGAUGGCGAAGUACAUGCUAUAUAUAUUGCAUUGAAACAACUGUUGGCUAUCCAUUCAAAAUUUGGAAAAGUUGUAUUGCUGUCAGAUUCCCAGGCUGCAAUCCAGGCGAUCGGCUCACAGGGAGACACUUUGUCGGAUGAAGUGCUUCAGUGUCGGAGACUUACCAGACUUUUGACACUAAAAAGCAAAAGAGUAGUCAUCCAGUGGAUUCCCAGCCAUUGUAACAUCUAUGGUAGCGAGCAAGCUGGCGCUUUCUUGCUUGCAAGGGAACACAAAUCCUUCAACCAAGUUGCUCUGAAUUGUCAUACCAUUCCAUAA